CGGCAGUCGCGUUCGGCGGAGCGCACCGCAUACGUAGCGGAGCUUGCGACGCUGUUCUUGUGUUCGUGUAUUCCAGUAACUCAGCAGGUCAGGACCUGGCGUGUGGAUACGUGGACGCAAAAUGGAUAGUCCACGCUGACAGGUGUAGCCCACUUUGCGUCGCAGUUACAACUGUGCAGAAAAUAUCAGAAUGGGAAAAUCAGAGGACAGUAUGCCACAGCCAGCAUCAAAGGACACAGCAGCAACUGGUUAUGAUACGGCAGGAGAUCCAGUUAUAAAGCCAUACAGUGAGGCACCAACUGGAAACGCCACUGCAGAAGAUCCUCUAAUACCCGGCGGCAUGAUGAAGGUGCCACUGGCGCUGGGGCCUGAGUCGUGCACCGUCGUAUGUCCAGCGUGUUACCAAACCAUCCAGACAGACGUGGAGGUCAAAACAACAUCCGAGCUAAACGUACUUCCUAUCCUAUGCGAUCUCAUUUCGUGCUGCUGCUGUUGCUGUAUGCUGUUUCUAUGGUUUGAAAGCGACCAUCAUGACCACUCCAUCGACUCCUGCUGUUGCCCCGACUGUGAGGGCAGCUAUAAGGAUACCCAUGAAGUGAGGCAACACUACUGCCCCAGCUGUAAAGCUUUCAUUGGGGCUUACGAGAAAUAGCUGUCCAAUGAGUCCACUUGUUCAAUACUCUGUUGCUGUGAGCUGAACUAACCAGCUCGAGUAUAAACUCCGUCCACGGCACCCACAAAAAAAUACACUCCACCUAUGUGAUGCUUUGAACUAACAGUAAAGAUUUACUUCAUUUUAUAACCAUCAAAUCGCCGAAGUGCCAAAAAUGUUGUUAGUACAGUUGCAGAUUUUCUUUUUCUAAGUUUAUCAAUACGUGUUCCACUGUGUAAUGCAAGACAAGAAAAUAAAAGAUGGAAAAUGUCAUUUGAA